UCCGUGGCUCAACGCAAGCAAGGCUCUACAAGUGACCAACCGAACCAGCGCGAACUCCAACCGUCCGUACCGCAAGUAGCAAGUGCAGCGAACAGUGCUCAGGCUCAGUUCAGGUGACAUGAGCCGCAUCAAUCGCACCGCGCAGGAUCUGGCGCAGGCUCCGUUCAAGCUGUGGGGUGGCCGAUACUCGAAGGCGACCGAUCACGUCCUGUCGAAGGUGAACAACUCGCUCACCGUCGACAAGCGCCUGUACGCGGAGGAUCUCGAUGGAAGUGUCGCGUACGCAAAGUGCCUAGCUGAGGCGGGUCUGCUGACGCAGAGCGAGUUUAAGGUGAUCGCGUAUGGGCUGGACGCGAUUCGGGAUGAGUGGGCGAAAGGCGCGAUCAAGCUGUUGCCACGCGAUGAGGACGUACACACGGUCAACGAGCGGCGUCUGUUCGAGAUCAUCGGACCACAGAUUGCUGGUAAGCUGCAUACGGGCCGUAGCCGCAACGAACAGGUCGUGGUUGAUAUGAAGCUGUGGAUGCGGAAUGCCAUCGGUGAUCUACAGCGGUUGCUGUUGGGGCUUGUGCGAGCUCUCACGGAUGUUGCGGAUCGACACAUUGACGUGCUGAUGCCGGGCUACACCCACAUGCAGCGUGCUCAGCCAGUUCGCUUCAGCCACUGGUUGCUGAGCUACGCGUUCUACUUCAAGGAGGACUGCGAUCGAUUCGGGGAGUUCGGACGACGUAUGAACGUGUUGCCACUUGGGAGUGGAGCUCUGGCUGGCAACCCGUUCAACAUCAACCGGCACAAGCUAGCGACGGACCUCGGGUUCACGGGUGUGUCCUACAACAGCAUGAACGUCGUCAGUGAUCGCGAUUUUGUGGUUGAGUUUAACUUCCUGUGUACGCUCGUGGCCGUACACCUAAGCCGGUUGGCCGAGGAUCUGAUCCUGUACGCGACCAAGGAGUACAACUUCAUCGAGCUGUCGGAGGAGUACACGACCGGAAGCAGUUUGAUGCCGCAGAAGCGCAACCCGGACAGUCUGGAGUUGAUCCGUGGUAUUACCGGGCCGGUGUUUGGGCAGCAUUGUGCCAUCCUGAUGACGCUCAAGGGGCUACCGUCGACGUACAACAAGGACCUGCAGUGUGACAAGAGCGGAAUGUUCGGGGUGUUCGAUCAGAUGCAGAUGUGUCUGGUGUUGAUCGGUGGCAUCAUCCGGACGAUGCGUGUCGACGAGGAUCGCUGUCUCAGCUCACUCGGUUACGAGAUGCUUGCGACGGAUAUGGCUUACUACCUCGUGCGCCGUGGAAUCCCGUUCCGGGAGGCACAUCACAUCUCGGGCGAAGUUGUCGCCCAUUCGGAGAAGGUGAAGAUCCCGAUCAACAAGCUGCCGCUCGAGGACCUGCAGGAGAUCUGCCCGCACUUCGACGAGACGAUCAGCCGCAUCUGGAACUAUGAGAACAGCGUGGAGCAGUACACGGUUGUCGGUGGUACGUCCCGGCUGUCGGUGCAGGAACAGAUCCGCGUGCUUCGGACGUACGUUGAAGAUCACGGCCAAUAGUUUGAAGGGCCCUUUGGAGCCCACAAAACGCUUCGGUUUCGAUAAAACGCUAGUGUAGGACGGUUUUUAUUGCCGCAAGGGAAACUGUGCGAACGUGCGUGUUACUCUGUUACAGUGAGCGACCUUUUUGCUGACCUCCCACCAGCAGUAGUACAUUGGUCGAGUAAUGCAUUAAUUCAUCUAUAUCCUAUCGCCGCAAAUCGAUAUCGCACUGCAAAAAUGCGACAGCCUAGGUUAGGAGCUGCGUUGUGAUCACAAGGACGUGCGCCGGUAUCUGGGCUAGCUCCUAGAAGUGCGUAUGCUAAGCCUAGCUUUCACAUGUUCCCUCUAAGCAUAUACAUAUAUCUUGUCUCCCAUUCCUGUGUGCCCUUAUCUUUUAAGAACGUGAUGAUUGUAUGUUAGUGAAUCUCGAGAACUGUGCGGGGUUGCCUCGAGAACUGUGGGGCACCCGCCAUCCUUCUCGUGCUUAAUGUAUAGUAGUCCGAGAUGAAUAAACGUGUACACGU